GGCCGAGCAUGGCUAAGAGAGUUGGAAAUGAACUGUGUGUUUUCAAUAAGAUGGAAACAGCCUCAGCUAACGUUACAGAAUGUGCUAAAGCAGAAUGAAGAGGUAUUCAAAGAAGAACUGGGAACCUGGAGAGGCCCGCCCGCAAAAAUAUACGUAAAAGCGGACGUGGCUCCAAAGUUCUACAAGCCCAGGCCCGUGGCUUUUGCCAUGAGGAAGAAAGUAGAGUUAGAGCUGGAAAGGCUCACAAAGGAGGGCAUAAUUGAGCCAGUGAGGUUCUCAGAGUGGGCUGCACCAAUAGUGCCGGUGUUAAAGACUGAUAGUUCGGUGCAUGUUUGCGGGGACUACAAGCUCACAGUAAACCAAGUUUCCAAGCUAGAGCAGUAUCCAAUACCCAAGUUGGAGGACUUAUUUGAGAAGUUGACCGGGGGUGAGAAGUUUACUAAACUGGACCUUAGUCACGCAUAUCAACAAGUCACCCUCGAUGAGGCAUCAAAGCCUAAUGUCACAAUCAACACACACAAAGGGCUUUUUCAAGUGAAUCGCCUACCAUUUGGUGUUUCCUCUAGUCCUGCCAUUUUUCAACGGAUAAUGGAGGGUCUGGUGGCGGGAAUCCCUAAUGUGGCAGUUUAUUUAGAUGACAUCCUGCUGACCGGUCGGAGUGACCACGAGCACCUGGAGACCUUGAACGAAGUCCUACAGCGGCUACGAGAGGCUGGUCUUCGUCUGAAGUGCAACAAAUGUGUCUUCAUGGAGCGAGAGGCCGAGUUCUUGGGACACAAAGUGGAUGCCUCGGGGCUCCACCCUCUGCCAAACAAGGUCAGGGCUAUACAACAGGCACCAGCACCAACUAAUGUCACAGAACUGAGAGCUUACUUAGGCCUGCUCAGCUAUUACAACAGAUUCUUGCCAAAUCUCUCAACACGGUUAGCUCCCUUGCACAGACUGUUAAGGAAAGAAACGCCGUGGAACUGGCAGGAGGAGCAAGAGAGAGCUUUUGAGGAGUCUAAGAGGCUCAUGCAGUCGUCAGAGGUGUUAGUGCAUUAUGACAGCCAUAAAGACUUAAUCCUGUCCUGCGAUGCGUUGCCUUACGGAGUAGGGGCGGUGUUGUCGCAUCGCAUGCCAGACGGGCAAGAGCGGCCUAUUGGCUUCAUGUCACGGACACUCACGGCAGCUGAAGCAAACUACUCGCAGCUGGACAAAGAAGGACUGGCGGUGAUGUUUGGCAUUCAGCGCUUCCAUAAAUAUUUAUAUGAAAGGAGGUUCAUCAUCUGUACAGACCACAAGCCUUUACUGUCCCUCUUCAGUGAGAUGAAAGCAGUGCCUCAAAUGGCAUCCCCUCGCAUUCAGCGCUGGGCAGUGACUUUGCGAGCAUAUGAGUAUGAGAUUGUCUAUGAGCCGGGUAAACACCACAGCAAUGCGGACGCUCUGAGCCGGCUCCCCCUGCCUCAGACAGCCGUCAGGAGAGAGCAGGAGGACCGCGUACUGAUGCUGGAGGAGGUAACGCUCGUGUCAGCCAGUGAAAUUAGCCAGUGGACACGAAAAGACCCAGUGCUGUCCAGAGUCUGUCAGUUCAUUCAACAUGGCUGGCCACCACAACACUCAGACUCAGCUUUCCAGCCUUAUGCGGUGAGGAAAACCGAAUUAAGUGUGCAAGAUGGGUGUAUAUUGUGGGGGUCACGCGUGGUGGUACCCCCGACAGGUCGCGAAGCAUUACUGGGUCAACUGCAUCAUGGUCACCCAGGCAUCACCCGAAUGAAAGCAUUAGCACGAAGCUACUUCUGGUGGCCAAAGUUAGAUGCAGACAUUGAAUCUGUAGUGAAAAGAUGUAGCACCUGCCAAGAACAUCGCCACUUACCAGCUCCAGCACCACUCCACCCUUGGGAGUGGCCGAGUAAACCGUGGCAGAGGCUACACAUAGACUAUGCGGGUCCUUUUAUGGGUCACAUGUUUUUGAUACUGAUGGAUGCCUAUUCCAAAUGGAUGGACGCCUACGCGGUAACCUCAGCAACUUCUGCCAAUACGAUUGAAUGUCUGCGGAGAAGUUUCAGCAGUCAAGGAUUACCUGAGAUGAUUGUGUCAGAUAAUGGUACGUGCUUUGUGAGUGCCGAAUUCCAAGAAUUCAUGAGGAAGAACGGAAUCGAACACAUCACUUCAGCUCCUUAUCAUCCUUCUUCAAAUGGCUGUGCCGAGCGUGCAGUCCAGACAAUUAAGUCCAUGAUGAAAAAAGCAGGUGAAAGUAGCAUCCAUACUAAAGUUUCAAGAGUGCUGUUUAGUUACCGCAUUACCCCUCAGUCCACCACAGGGCUGUCACCAGCGGAAAUGUUGCAGGGCAGGAGGUUGAGAUCGACACUGGAUCUAGGGCAUCCGGACCUCAGAAACAAGGUGGAACGGAAGCAGUGCAUGCAGAAGAAGCAUCACGACAAGCUCGGAUCAGGAAGAGGUUUCCAAGUGGGAGAUGCAGUGUCUACACGGAACUUCAGUUAUGGGCCUAAAUGGGUUCGGGGUUUUAUUACCAAAGUCACGGGACCGGUGUCUUACAAGGUCAUGUUGGGAGAUGGAACAGUUGUCCGAAGGCAUGUUGACCAGAUACUGGCCAGACCGGAAGACGCGGACCUAGUAGACCCUAAGAUCAUAGAACCACCCAUGGUGGAUUUGUCUUCAGCUGAUCCUGUGCCAGUGAGAAAUAGCUGUGCUCCAGAAGGAACUGUGCAAGAAAACCCAAAACCACCUGUGACAGAUAUUCCGGUCCCAGAUGCAGCAAAGGACGCACCACCCCAGCAAACAGCUGCACCAGCACGGCGUUCUCAACGGACUGUCUCAAAACCUAGUUAUCUGAAAGACUAUGAAUGUUGA